AUGAGGACACAUGUGUUAUUGACUACAAAUGCAGAUGGUUUGAGGUUUGUGAAAGUGAGGGUCAGAUCCGUUCGGAUUCCUCAAAUUGGAGACAAAUUUAGUAGUAGACACGGUCAGAAGGGAACUGUUGGCAUGACCUACACGCAGGAGGACAUGCCUUGGACGGUUGAAGGUGUCACUCCGGAUAUUAUUGUGAAUCCGCAUGCUAUUCCGUCUCGAAUGACCAUUGGACAGCUAAUUGAGUGCAUCAUGGGAAAAGUGGCAGCUCACAUGGGAAAAGAAGGAGAUGCAACUCCUUUUACAGAUGUCACGGUGGAUAAUAUAAGCAAAGCUCUUCAUAAGUGUGGGUACCAAAUGCGUGGAUUUGAGAGAAUGUACAAUGGUCACACGGGCAGACCACUCACAGCUAUGAUAUUCCUUGGACCAACGUAUUACCAAAGGUUGAAGCAUAUGGUUGAUGACAAGAUUCACUCGCGUGGGCGAGGUCCUGUGCAAAUCUUAACAAGACAACCAGCUGAAGGACGAUCCCGUGAUGGUGGUCUCCGUUUUGGAGAGAUGGAACGUGAUUGCAUGAUUGCACAUGGUGCUGCUCACUUUUUGAAAGAGAGGCUGUUUGAUCAGAGCGAUGCGUAUAGGGUACAUGUGUGUGAAGUCUGUGGGCUCAUCGCCAUUGCAAAUCUGAAGAAGAAUUCAUUUGAAUGCAGAGGCUGCAAGAACAAAACAGAUAUUGUUCAGGUUUACAUUCCAUAUGCAUGCAAAUUGCUCUUUCAAGAGCUUAUGUCAAUGGCAAUUGCACCACGGAUGCUUACCAAACACCUCAAAUCGGCUAAAGGCAGACAGUGAUGAGCUUUGCUCUAUGAUUUUGAACUUUCGGUUUCUCCUUUGGUAGUAGCUUUGUAACAAAACCAGUUUACGAAUUUGUGUAACAAAAUUAAAUUUACAAAUUUGUGUAAUGUCCCUUAUUUCUGAAUUUUAGAAAGGUAUAUGAUAUAUUUUCAGACUACUUUAUUAUUAACGUU